AUGCGGUUCUUUAUUGACGACCUUCCAGUUAUAUUCCCCUACGACUAUGUUCUGGAUGGCCGAGGCCAUGCCAUGCUCGAAAUGCCCUCGGGGACAGGAAAGACAAUAUCACUUUUGUCGCUGAUCAUUGCAUACCAGCAGUUUUAUCCGGGCCGCAGAAAGCUCGUGUACUGCUCGCGAACAGUUCCUGAGAUUGACAAGGCCCUAGCCGAAUUGAAGCGGCUGAUGGAGUACCGGCAGACACAAGGAUGCUCCGACAAGAACUUUAUAGGACUGGGCCUAACGUCGCGCAAAAACCUGUGCAUCCACCCGUUGGUCAGCAAGGAGCGCAAGGGCACUGUGGUUGACGUCAAGUGUCGGCAGUUGACGGCAUCUUGGGUGCGCAACAAGGCCAAGACGGAGGAGGUGGAGUUGUGCGAUUUCUACGAAAAGAUCCAAACGAUGGAGCCAGCGGAUUUGCUGCCCACGGGCGUCUACACUUUGGAAGAUCUGACAGAUUACGGCAAGGAUAAUGGCAUCUGUCCGUACUAUCUAUCGAGACGUGUGAUUCCCUUUGCCGACGUCAUCAUAUACAGCUUCCACUACAUGCUCGACCCCAAGGUGGCCGAGCUCGUGUCCAAGGAGUUUGAGCGCGACUCUAUUAUUGUGUUUGACGAGGCUCACAACAUUGACAGUAUUUGCAUUGACUCCCUGAGCAUUGACAUUAACCAGAGCACGCUGCGCGCGAGCACUGCCAGCGUCGAGAAGCUGGGUGAGCGCGUCGAGGAUAUGAAGAAAGAGAACUCAGAGAAGCUGCGUGAUGAGUACAAUAAACUUGUGGACGGGCUGAAAGACGCGCUGACGGCUCGAGACGAAGACCUGGUCUUGGCCAAUCCGAUUCUCCCAGACAACGUCCUGCGCGAGGCUGUUCCCGGCAGCAUCCGCAAGGCCGAGCACUUUGUGCGCUUCCUCAAGCGCUUCAUUGAGUAUCUCAAGGCACGCAUGCGGGUGAUGCACGUUGUGGCCGAGACCACGCCGUCAUUUUUGCAGCACAUUCGCGAAAUCACAUAUAUUGACCGCAAACCGCUGCGAUUCUGUGCUGAGCGGCUGGCAUCACUGGUGCGCACCCUGGAGAUAACAGAUCUUGAGGAGUACGGGGCGCUGGCACGCGUUGCGGCAUUUGCCACGCUGAGCGCGACGUACGACACCGGCUUUAUGGUGCUGUUUGAGCCCCACGAGGGCAACAGCAAGGAGGUGAUUAACCCAGUACUGCAUCUCGCCUGUCUGGACGCGGCCAUUGCCAUCAGGCCCGUUUUCCAGCGCUUCCACACGGUCAUCAUCACGUCUGGAACACUGUCGCCCAUGGAGAUGUACCCGAAGAUGCUUGAGUUUACACCCGUUGUGCAAGAAUCGUUUACCAUGACGCUCGCGCGCCAGUGCUUUGCACCCCUGGUCGUGACACGAGGCAGUGACCAAGUGACAAUCAGCAGCAAGUUCGAGGUGCGCAACGACCCAGCGGUGGUGCGCAACUACGGCAAUCUCCUUAUUGAGGUUGCGCGCGCAGUGCCUGAUGGCAUUGUGGCUUUCUUUCCGUCAUACCUGUAUAUGGAAAGUAUAGUGGCCAUGUGGAAUGAGAAUGGUGUGCUCAAAGACGUGUGGAAGCACAAGCUGAUCUUUGUCGAAACGCCCGAUGCUGCCGAGACGUCCGUCGCGCUGCAGAACUACCGUGCUGCUUGCAACAAUGGCCGCGGCGCCGUUCUCCUGUCUGUUGCGCGCGGCAAGGUCAGCGAGGGCAUUGAUUUUGACCACAACUAUGGGCGCGCUGUCAUCAUGUUUGGCAUUCCGUACCAAUACACCGAGUCGAGGAUCCUCAAGGCGCGCCUUGAGUUCAUGCGCGAGGCGCAUCAGAUCCGCGAAAAUGACUUUUUGACAUUCGACGCCCUGCGGCACGCCUCGCAGUGCAUCGGGCGAGUGCUCAGAGGAAAGACUGACUAUGGCCUGAUGAUCCUAGCCGACAAGCGCUACUCGAGGGCCGAUAAGCGAUCCAAGCUGCCGCGCUGGAUCAGCACGUGUUUGACUGAAAAUAGCCUGAACCUGUCCACGGACAUGGCCAUCAGCAUGAUGCGCAAGUUCCUUAAGGUCAUGGCCCAGCCUUUUGACCUGAAGGCGCAGUUGGGAGUCAGCAUGUGGGCUAACGAGCACAUUGUGCAGCAUGGCGGCCGCGGCAAUGUCUCUGCCAUGGAUGUCGACUCUUGAUCGCGCCCACCCACUAACACCCCGCUGCCUCGUCCCAUACCCGAUGACGUCAGCCACUACCCACGAUGUGGCGGCUGUAAUUUUUUUAACCCAGUUUGGAUAUCCUUGCUCUUUCAACACCAAAAAUAU